CUGGUCUGAAAUUAUUCAAGUUUAAAUAUACUUAACAAAUCUUUAAACUCGAUUUUAUCGGAAACGAAGCUUCAUAUGCAAAAACUUUAUAUUUUUAACUUAUUUUUUCACGAGGAAUCACCCCGUGCUCAGUUGUGCCGCUGUUGUUGGAACAGCCUGUAUUUAUAGUGAUUUUAGAGUAUCAAAAAUUAAUAAACAGGAUAUAAUAUCAGAAACAAUGUAGAUUGAUACAAAUACUAAUGUAAGAAGAUCAGAAUUUUAUUUAAGCAAUUAAAGAUUGUGAUAUAACAUUGUUAUAUAAAUAGGAUAUAGCAAAUGAUAGUGAUCUAUUUAAAGAAUAAAAAAUCAUAAAUAUGGUCGGAGUAAUUUUUGAUUUUUACUCAUAUGUAUAGAAAUUCUCAGAAAUAUGACAUAACUAAACAUGUAUAAUGUGUGUUUGAUGUGCUGACAAAUGGAAAUAAAAUUAUGUUGACUACAAUACUUUAACUGAAUGAUAAAGUAGCUUAAUUGUAUUAUACAUGUAUCAUGGUUCGGCAAAGAUUUCCAAAUAUUAAUGGUGUUAGAAGUGGUAAGCAUUUUGUAUUAACUCUUGUUACGGGUAUAAUUUUUGGAUUUAUCUCAGCGUACCUUUUAAUAACAUCUACAAAAAAUGUGCCAUAUAUAUUUAAUUGGUUUUCUGGUGGUCUUAUGCUUUCAAGAGAUCCACACCAUUAUUCAGACUUGGAGUCAGAGAUUGGGCCAGAGAUAGAGGUAAAAUUUCAUGGUAAAGAUGAAGAUUUUCAUAAAGAUGAAGACAAAGUUGCGCAAGAACUUGCGAAGAAAGUACGUGUUCUUUGUUGGAUCAUGACUGGUCCAAAAAAUCACCAAAGUAAAGCACAGCAUGUGAAAGCAACAUGGGGCAAACGUUGCAAUAUUCUUUUGUUUAUGAGCUCUGCUGAAGAUGCAAAUUUACCCACAAUUGUUUUACCAGUAAAAGAAGGGAGAGAUAACUUGUGGGCAAAAACCAAAGAAGCUUUCAAAUAUGCUUAUGAAAAGUACAAAGAUGAAGUUGAUUGGUUUAUGAAAGCUGAUGAUGAUACAUAUGUGGUGGUUGAAAAUUUACGAUAUAUGCUGUCAUCUUAUGAUCAAAAUUCGCCAUUAUAUUUUGGCUGUAGAUUUAAACCGUUUGUGAAACAAGGAUAUAUGAGCGGUGGUGCAGGAUAUGUACUUAGCAAGGAAGGUUUACGUAAGUUUGUAGAGGAGGCUUUGCCUGAUCAAACAAAAUGUCGAUCAGAUAAUGGAGGUGCAGAAGAUGUGGAAAUGGGAAAGUGUUUGGAAAAAGUAAAUGUCAAAGCAAUGGACACUCGGGAUCCACAUGGUCGCGGAAGAUUCUUCCCUUUUGUACCAGAGCAUCAUUUAAUUCCUAACCACGUAGAUAAGAAUUUCUGGUACUGGAAAUAUAUUUAUUAUGAUACCAAAGAUGGCCUCAAUUGUUGUUCUGAUAGCGCAAUUUCGUUUCACUAUGUAUCGCCCAAUAUGAUGUAUGUUCUCGAGUACUUAAUUUACCACUUAAGACCGUAUGGUAUUACACACGGUGUGGAAAAACUUACUACAGAUCAAUCAACCACCAUAUCGACUAAAUACUAGUCUACAUAUUAUUCCUAAUUGAAAUAUGAAAAGAAUAAUUCUGUUCUUUAUAAAUUUCCAAACGAACAUUAUCAAACUAGAAAAAAAUAUUUUGGAUCUUAAUAAAUCAGGAAAAACUGAGAUUUUGCAACAUAAAAAUUUUUUCCCACAAAUUAAUGGUUAUGUUAAAUAUUCAAGAUACAUUUUUGUUCAAUUAUUUUAAAUUUUGGAAAUUCUAGGUAUGACGCAUUUAAAUUUGUCAUUAAUUCAAUCAAGUGAUAAUAUUUUUCCCUUAUUUUGUAUGAGUAUAACUAGUCUAUUCGGGUCAACGAAUUAGAUGUUAAUAUAUUCAUUGAAAGAUAAAAUUUGUGAUAUAUAUAUAAAAUGUUUCGUAAUAUAUAUAAUGUUUAUACAUACCUAUAUGUAACGAUGAGAAAUUUAUAAUUUCAUCGCAAGUGCAAGACAGGGUGUACUCUGUUCUACAAAUAAAUGUUACAAGCACAUUAGAAAUAUUGUUAAUUAUUAACAUUAUCAAUUAUUGGUAUUUUUUAUUAUUUAGUCUUGAUAAUAUCGCUGUACACAUAUGAAUUUAUACAAGAAAAUCUAGCGUAAUUUCAACCAAAUAUAUAAUUAGCUGAUGAAA